GGUUCGCUCUCGGGGGCGGACUCAGUGGCGGAAGCGGCGCUGCCAAGAGGUCCCCUUCCGCUCGGAGCCGCUGCUGGAGCUGUGGAGCCAGACUGCGGCUGGGGCUGAGAAGAGCCGGGGCCGUGGCUGACAUGGAGCAGCCGUGCCGCUGAGGCCCAGCCCUCUCCACCUGGAGGUGGGGGCCGCCAGGAUGCGCAAGCUGUCCGGGGAGCUGGCCGGAGACCUGGAGCGCAGCCUGCCGGCCGUGGCCUCCCUCAGCCAGAGCCUCCCCUCGCACGUCCUCCCGCCGCCUCCCGAGAAGCGCCGGGCCAUCUCCGAUGUGCGCCGCACCUUCUGUCUCUUUGUCACCUUCGACCUGCUCUUCAUCUCCCUGCUCUGGAUCAUUGAGCUGAACACCAACACAGGCAUCCAGAAGAACCUGGAGCAGGAGGUCAUCCACUACAGCUUUAAAACUUCCUUCUUUGACAUCUUUGUCCUGGCCUUCUUCCGCUUCUCCGGACUGCUCCUGGGCUAUGCUGUGCUGCGGCUCCGGCACUGGUGGGUGAUUGCGGUCACCACGCUGGUGUCCAGUGCCGUCCUCAUUGUCAAGGUCAUCCUCUCUGAGCUGCUCAGCAAAGGGGCCUUCGGCUACGUACUCCCCAUCGUCUCCUUUGUGCUCGCCUGGUUGGAGACCUGGUUCCUUGACUUCAAAGUCCUACCCCAGGAGGCCGAGGAGGAGCGAUGGUAUCUCGCUGCCCAGGCUGCUGUUGCCCGAGGACCCCUGCUCUUCUCCGGCGCCCUGUCCGAGGGCCAGUUCUAUUCCCCCCCAGAAUCCUUUGCAGGGUCUGACAAUGAAUCAGAUGAAGACAUUGUUGGGAAGAAAAGCUUCUCUGCCGAGGAACGGGAGUACAUCCUGCAGGGGAAGGAGGCCAUGGCGGUGGUGGACCAGAUCUUGGCCCAGGAGGAGAACUGGAAGUUUGAGAAGAAUAAUGAAUAUGGGGACACCGUGUACACCAUCGAGGUUCCCUUUCAUGGCAAGACCUUCAUCCUGAAGACCUUCCUGCCCUGCCCUGCAGAGCUGGUAUACCAGGAGGUAAUCCUGCAGCCCGAGAGGAUGGUGCUGUGGAACAAAACGGUGACUGCCUGCCAGAUCCUGCAGCGAGUAGAAGACAACACCCUCAUCUCCUAUGAUGUGUCUUCGGGGGCCGCGGGUGGUGUGGUCUCCCCCAGGGACUUCGUGAAUGUCCGUCGCAUUGAGCGGCGCAGAGACCGAUACCUGUCAUCAGGCAUCGCCACCAUGCACUGCGCCAAGCCCCCGACACACAAAUAUGUCAGGGGAGAGAAUGGUCCUGGGGGCUUCAUCGUGCUCAAGUCGGCCAGUAACCCCCGAGUCUGCACCUUCGUCUGGAUCCUUAAUACAGAUCUCAAGGGCCGCCUGCCCCGGUACCUCAUCCACCAGAGCCUCGCAGCCACCAUGUUCGAAUUCGCCUUCCACCUGCGGCAGCGCAUUGCAGAGCUGGGGGCCCGGGCAUGAGCGUGCCCCUCGCCACCCUGCUGGCCAGGGCCUGUCGCCACGGCCUCUAGUGCCAGAGAAGGGGCGGCUCAGGCUUCCGGCUGCCCACAGAGGACCUGACCUCAAACACUGGGAGCUUCCUCCCAUGGCAGCACCUUGGCCCCAAGCUGCCGCUCUCCACCGCGCUUCCCUGUGCCCGGGAGCCGUGGCCGUGGGCAGGAUGAGAGCGCGAGCAUCUGGACCCUGCCGCUGAGGCCAGUGGGGUCUAUCCUGCUGACGUUUCCAUGCCGUCCCUGCCUCCUGGAGGAGGAGAUCCUCUGUCCCCUGCCUGGCCAGGGGCAGCGUCUGGAAUGGGGUCCUCGGACUUGGUGGAGGAGGACCCUGGGCAGGACAGAAGUCAGGGCAGCCUCGUCACCCGCGUGAAGACGCAGGAGCCCCUCCAUCUGCCUGCCCUCUCAUCAUGGUUUUUUAGGAUUAUUUAAAGAGUCUGCCACCUUUUUCCACUUGUACUUGUGGGGAUGCAGGUGGCAGGUGGGAGUGGUGGGUGCUGGCAGGGAACCUGCCUCUCCCAGGUUCUCUCCAGGUUACUUCCCCACCAGGGCCUCCUUGGGGACCUUUGUAAUUUGAGCCAAUUAAAAACAUCAACUAAAAAAAAACAAAAAAGCAGCCCUCCAGCCUGGCCUCUUGAGGGAAGAGAAAGGCAGUACCCGUGGAGGCGGGGAAGGAGCAACUGCCGCAGCCAACACAUCACACACCCUCUCACCCUCUCAGAGCCAGUGGGGACCCGGUUCCUGGAACACCUCCCCCCCCCCAGCUUUCUUGAAUGGUUCAGCUGGGCAGAUGACUGGUCAGAGAAAAAUUCCCCGCCUCCCUGCCAGCUCUCCUGUGAGGGAAGGUCAGGUUAAGGUCUCCAGGCUGGAGCUAGGGAGGCGGGAGUUAGGGAGAGAGGGAGAGGCAGGAGGUAGGGAGAGACAUGGCAGGUCCCACAGCAGGCUUUGGUCGCUCCUGGGGUCCCAAGGCUGGGGUCUGGAGGGAGCCUGGAGGUGGGGCCUGGGCUUCCGGGUCACUGAGGCGCCUCUGGGAUUCCAACCUCUGGGCUCCACUCACCUCCCCGCACUGCCCCAUCACACUGGGGCCACCAGGAAACCAGCCCUCCUCCUUCCCAGCCUGCGGCUUCCUGAGGGGCUAACUUGCUUAGAGCUGAGGGUGGGGUGAGGUCCCCUCUUGGUCCUGGCUAGGUGUGUGACCCUGGGCAAAUCUACCUCUCUGAGCCUCCAUUUCCUACUUUAUAAAAGCUUUUGCAAGAUUAAAAGAUACCAGGAGUCAGGCAUAGUGCUCGGUAAUCAAGAGGAUGCAGUUCAGCCCGAGGUGGGUGAGCUCGGGCCUCACCGCUGGGUUCUCCUAUCAGCUCCUGUUCCUGCCUCUCCUGGUGCCCUUUGCUUUGUUCAGCGACGCCCUCAUCCAUCCUUCCCCGUGCCCUCCACCCGGCGUGCCAGCUUCCAGAAGCACGUGCCACUGCUCUCCGUGCUGGGCUGUCCUGGCAGCCCUCCUACUGGCCUGCUCCCUGGGGAUGAGAGCCAGGCCCCGCCCAGUGGCACCUCGGAGCUGGCAGGACCCAGAGCUCUUCUGGUAAGGCCAUUGUGAAGAGAAGGUGGGGAAGGUGAGGCCCAGAGAGGGGUAGAAGCAGACCCAUAGUCACACAGCCUAUUUAUGGCGGAUUUGGGGCUGGAGCCACAUCUGGCUGCCACUCCCUGGAGCCCCUGGGUUCCCAUCUCACCCCACUUAAGGUGAUGGAGGCCACCUCCCAUACCUGCUCCCUCCACCCUGACUGGCCCAAUGGCAAAGGAAAAUACCUGGCAAAGGUUCGUGUCCAGGAUCCCAGGUGUGGAAUUAACUUCCAGUGCCCCUGCUGGCAGGGUAGUGGUGGUCAGGGGCCAGGCCUUUGGGUGCAGAUGCCUGAGGACACGGCAGCACUGUCUCUUCUUGUUUUGGGGACGGUCAGGGGAUGUGCCCUUGAGCUCAGGCAGUGGGGACAGGACCUGAUGGCCUGGUACAGAGCCCAGAGGGGACCUUGGUUCCUGCUGUUUCCUGCUCUGGUUACAGACAAGUUGCUGUCCUCCCUGGGCAAGGGGAAGGGGUGGGGCAGAGGGCAAGUGCCAAGGUGGCACGAGGCUGGGCAUGUGCCUGGUCCCAGACGGUGUCUGAGGAGUGUCAGACAACCGGAGGUGUCACUCUGAGGACCCCUGCCCCCACGGGAGCAUCUUGAUUUUUUCCGAAGUUGACCUCUGACCUGGGGGAGCCAGAGUCCAGGUACCCUAAGCCCUGCCCUGGGCCCAGAGUCCCCCAUCAGUGAGUCUUGGCUCUGCUUUUAGCAUCUGACGCCAGAGGGGCUGAAAAUAGCCCCUGGCGGGG